AUGCAUAUCCGUCUGGCUUGUAACCCCAUCAGCACCACGUCCUCAGCGCUGCUUCUCACAAGGCCAGCUCAAGUCACAUCUCUGCUACAUUUCCAAGCCCGAACAAAACAGUCCCUACCUCUCACAAGGUCCAUCAUGUCCACUCCCGCCGCCAAGCGCCAAAAGUCCUCCAAGGACGUCCCCUACCACCUUAUCUACUGGGCCGGCCUCCCCGGCCGGGGAGAGCACGUCCGCCUCGCCCUCGAGGAAGGCGGUGCCUCGUACACAGACACCGCGCACAUCGAGGAUGGCACCAAUCAGGUUCUGGCGCUAAUCGAUGACAAGUACACCGGCGACGACACCAACCCUCCCCCCUUGGCCCCCCCUAUCCUCAAGCACGGUGAUCUCGUCAUCAACCAGACGCCCAACAUCCUGCUGUACCUUGGACCAAAGCUAGGUCUGGCGCCGAAGCCAGGUGAUGAUGACGAAGAUGGUUUGUACCACGUCAAUGAGCUGGCUCUCACCGCAUUGGAUGGGCUGAGCAACGAGCCGCACGACUGCCACCAUCCCAUCGCGAGCGGGCUCUACUACGAGGACCAGAAGGAGGAGUCCCUGAGAAAGAGCAAGGACUAUGUUGCCAACCGCCUUCCAAAGUUCGUUGGCUACUUUGAGCGGGUCUUGAAGAGCAAGACCAGCGGUGAUGGGCCAUGGCUGUACGGCGGAAAGUUGACCUACGCGGAUCUGGUACUGUACCAGUGCUUUGAUGGUCUCAAGUUCAUGUUCCCCAAGGCCGUCAAGAAGCUGGAGGACUCGGGUGACUACAAAGGUGUCUUUGCUCUGCACGAAGCUGUCAAGGAGAGGCCCAACAUCAAGGCGUAUCUAGCCAGUGACAGGCGACAAAAGUAUGGCAUGGGUAUCUACAGAAACUACGAGGAGCUGAAUGUCACUGAGUGA